AAUAUCUUCGACCUUUUUGAAAUUUUUGUUGGAAAUUGAAUCCUUCAACCGAAAAUUUCCGCUUGCAGCUAUGGCGAGCGAAGCCGCCCACGAAAAUCCCGACGAAUGGGAGCUCAUAAACGACGACGGCUUCGUCUACAAGCGCAAGAAGCGCCCCCGCCUCGAACACGCCGCCGCCGCCCCUCCGCCGCCGGAUCCGGCGGCGGAGCGGAAGCACCGACUCGAGCGGCGGAAAAGGGCCUUGCUGAAGUUGAAAGAGAGGUACCUGGAAGAGAUUAGCCGGUGGGAACUUUUGUCGAACACGUUGACUGCAAUGGAGCAGAAUGCUGCGAAACAGUCGAUGGAGCUCCCCACGACUUCCUCUGAUGGGGCUUCUAGCUCCGGCGAGAUUUCGGCGGCGGAUUCACCUCGACGGAGAGUCGUCGGUGACCUUCUCGCUCAGGUUGAAGCGCAGGAGGCUAUAAUUAGGGAUUUAACGAAUUUGUGUGAUGUGGCGGAAGGGCUGUGCAGUGCACAGGAGGGGAAAUUCAAGCAGAAGCUAAUUGACCUACCGAUUUGGGAUCCGUCGCCGGACGAGCUCAUGAAAGCAUUGGGUGAUGGAUGAAUUGAGCAAUUCGCAUCUGUUAGCGAUAGGUAAGUGGAAUAAUUUGAUUAAUUUCUGAUUGAAAUCACGAAAAAGUAGAAAUUAGGGGAAAAUGUACAAUGGCUGGAGAUGUUCAACUUGUAAUAUUGUGUAAAUUGAGUGGUAGGGCAGUGAGAUUUGUUUUGAAUCAGUUGAGUUGUAGAGUUGCUUCUUAGCUGUAUAAACUAGGUUUUAUGGUGCCGGGCUCGUUGAUGUAUUUGAUGUUUGAGCAAGAAGGAUGUGAAAAUGAUGGAUGUGAUUCCGGGUUCUUGGCAUUUCUUGAUGUCUCUGGAUCCGAAUACUGUGGCGUGGUGGUGGUGGUGGAUUUACUGAGUUCUUGCUUCAUAGCUGUAUAAACUAGGAUCCGUGGUGGCAGGCUUGUUGAUGUAGUUGAUCUUUGAGCAAGAAGGAUGUGAAAAUGAUGGAUGAGUUCUGGUUCUUGGCGUUUCUUGAUGUCUUUGGAUCUGGAUAUGGUGGCGUCGUGGUGGUGGUGGUAGUCCCGCAGAGGAUUAGAGUGUUCACACGAAGCUCGUUUGCCACUUUGUUGAUGUAGUUGGUCUUUGAGCAAGAAGGAUGUGAAAAUGAUGGAUGACAUUUCUGGUUCUUGCCAUUUCUUGACAUCUCUCGAGCCAGAUAGGGUAGCGUGGUGGUGGUGGUCCGGUGGAGGAUUAGGGUGUUAAUACGAAACUCGUGUGCCACCUUGUGAUGUGGUUGAUGGUCUCUGAGCAAGAAGAAUAUGAUGGCAUUUCUUGGACCGGAUAAGGUGGCACGGUGGAGGAUUAGGGUGUUCAUAUGAAGCUAGUACUAUGUUGUUUCUAGAUAAUGGUGGCUAGAUGUAGAAUUUGUAAGAUGAAACUAGCAAGCAAUUAUCCCCCCAAUCUUGAUGUGAUUUCUUUUUGAGAAAUUUGUUGAUCAAGUUGGGGUGUUGUGUGAUGUGAUCAGCUUAUUUGUGUUGUGUGUUUCUAAUUGUGAAGAUAUGGUCUUUAUGACCAGCAACAUGUCCAAUUAAUUUGGGUAUCAUUAUGGAUA